AUGCGAUGGGUGUUAGUGAUAGGACUACAACUUGUGAUCAUUGGUCUAUUGGCUAGAGACCAAGGCAUGCUUGAUUCCACAAGAUGGAAGGCUCGAUCAACAAGCGCAAACGAUGUUGGCGGCGACAUCACCGGGUGGUCACCACAUAUUCCUACGCAGAUCACCAAGUUCGAGAUCAACCAGACAUUCGCGCCAUACAAUACAUCAGAGUUCUUCAAGCCAGAAGUACUUCGAGCAUGGAACGAGCUAUUGCCUGUCGGCAUGGGCUUCCAAAGCAUCCCCGAUCCAGAGAACUACCACGACCUUCCCACCCCCAUCGUCUGGCCCAACGCCACCGUCUUCACGACAUCAAUGACCCACCAACUUCACUGCCUCUACGCCGUCGUUGCUGUCUAUUCUGGCAUGACAUCCGGCCACGAGCUUGAAGAAGACCACCACUGGCAUAUGAUCCAUUGCUUCGACUACAUGCGCCAAGCUAUCAUGUGUAGCGCAGACAUGGCUCUCGAGGGAUUGGAGACGACGUUCCCUGAUCACAACGGCGGCAGUGAUGGCUGGGAUAGCAAGCAUGUUUGCAAGGACCCCAAGAUGGUUAGGGAACGGCUGGAGAGCGUAAGGGCGUAUGAUGACCAGGAGAUCUUUUGA